AUGCCUAUUUUGAAUCAUUUACCCGGGGACCUCAUCGCCGGAGGCAGUAAGAUUCUCCAAGCGGGGUUGGAGGGCGGAAAGCUCGCCGUUGCUUAUGGAAAGCCUGCCCUCGAAAAGUCCGUGGACGUGACCGUCCAGGUAGCAGGAUGGAGCACUCAGAACCCUGUUCUAGCUGCAUGUGUGGUCGUGGGCGCUAGCGGUGCUGUGGUUUUCGCUGCUCCUGGUCUCGCAACGACCCCGAUUUUAUCGAGUGUUGGAUUCACAACAGGCGGAAUUCACGCAGGUUCAGCAGCAGCAGCCGCUCACGGUAUGAUCGGAAAUAUCGCAACGGGGAGCGCGAUGGCCAUAGGACAGAGCGCUGGUGCAGGAGGAAGUGGCCUUGUGAUUGUCAACGGAGCUGCACAAUUGGGGGGAGCUGCGAUGACUGUGGGAAGUGUUGGUCUAGCGUGGAUCAAAGCCAAACUAUGA